UCACGUGCAGCACUUCAGCUUCCGCCUUCUGCACAGUCACAUGUGGCGCCCGUUUAGGUUCACUUCCGCGUUUGAACAGAAACCAUUAAAUCCUUUGAAUAAUGCAAGCGUUUUAACGCGAAUAUAGUCAGAAGUUUGUUUAUUCAAUGUGUGUUUAUCGAUACCACCGGGUAUUUCGACGUAAUGCCAUUAAGUGUUGUUUAACGACAUUAGUGCGACAGUUUGGGAAAGAGAAGAUCCCCAGGCUGGGUGGUGGACACAACUAGACAGCUAAUUCAGACCUUUACUUUUAUUUAUCUACAGUAAACACGGUCAUAGGAAUUCCGAAAGGUGUCACCUGUGAAAGUCAUGUUGCUGUCUCUGAGAAUAAUCACUCCUCUUUUCGUACUUCUUGCUGGAAUGCAAGCUGAGUUCCUCACAAAUAACUGCAAGCUGAUUUCAGGGAGCGAUUCUGAGCGAAAUGCGCUCAAUUUACUGGAGCCUCUCACCAAUCAAAACUUCACCGCAGAAAGACCGGGGGAGGGAUAUUUGUAUAUUUUUCAGGUGUGUGGAGAUGCUGGCGGAAUGAAGGAUGCAGGUCUUGUGCAGCAAGAAAAAAAAGAUGGAAAGCUGGUUCGAAUUGGCAACUACAACCAAACACGAGCUAUUAGAGGAAGUGACUGGGUUCUGCUCUUCUAUGAGGGGGGAGAUAAAUACGACAGCCACUGUUCACUAGAGCCAAGAAGAGCCAUGAUUAUGAUUUCAUGCAGUACGAGUGCUAAGAAUGCAUUUUCAGUGGUUUUGGAGGACAAUCAGAAGGAGCAGGACUGUUAUUACCUGUUUGAGCUGGACUCCAAUGCAGUCUGUCCUGUAAUCCCAUCCAAACUCAGUGCCGGCUCCAUAAUCCUUAUUAUUGUGUUCUGCUGCCUGGCUGUGUAUCUUACUGGUGGAUUCCUCUAUCAGCGACUGGUAGUUGGAGCCAAGGGAGUUGAACAGUUCCCUAACUAUGCCUUUUGGUCAGAGAUCGGCAACUUAUCUGCUGACGGAUGCAAUUUUGUCUGUCGUUCCCGUGGCAACAGAGAAGAAGCGCCCACAUAUAGAGGCGUGGCUACUGAACCUCUUGGGGAAGAGCAAGAGGAAAGGGAUGACCAUUUACUUCCCAUGUGACCAAAUCACAUCAACCAAUGAGAAGAGGCUGGACAGUUAUUACAGUUUUGGAAACCAAAGAGAGAUGUUCAGUUCAGAAGGCGUGUUUCUAGUUCAGAAGUGCUGCUGUUUUUUUUUUUUUUUUUUACUACCCAAUAGUACUUAAUCUCUAUUUAUCCCUUAAAAUGUUGAUUUGGUGUUUGUUAAAUGUUAAAGUUUGCUAACUAGUUUUCAAAAAUCCAAAACUCACAAAUAUAUUUGAUCAUUUGAUACUUAUGACAAGAUAUCAUCGACAUGCAACACUGCCCAUGUUUUCUCUCUUUAUAGGAAGUAAAAGACAUCAACGCUGCUCGACUGAUUUACUUGUAGUUUGGUACAAGUGCUUAAUUUGUUUAGAAUGGUUAAAUCAACUUUUACUUGGAGUAUGAACCCAUGUUUGAUGAAACUUAAAUACAUUUUUAAGCUUAUGCGCCACCAACUCAAUUAAAUGUUUAAAAAUGAUUUUUGUUCUAUUUCCAGGUUUUCAAAAAAAAUUCACUAAUAUUGAUUAUUUGAAAAAUUGGACUCACAAAUAUGCUCUACCUUACAUUCCAAAUUAGCUAUUUGUUGUGAAAUAUUGUGUUCGUAUAAAGAAGUUAUACCUCU